CUCCGAGUAAACUGUGCUUUCGAUAUGGCCAUGUCAAACGCAGCUUUUAAACUUACGCCCUGACCUUGCUUCAUGCCUUCGCAAGUGCCUCAAUCUUUAAAGGUAGGCGAUCGCAUUCAAGUCGAUCAAGAUGUCGCCACCGUACGAUAUAUCGGACCCGUCGACAAUACCGAUGGCGACUGGUUAGGUGUGGAAUGGGACGAUGUCUCCAGGGGCAAACAUAGUGGUGAAAAGGACGGUAAAUCCUACUUUACCUGCAGAUACCCGGGGUCAGGAUCAUUUCUUCGUUACAACGCUAAGCGCGUUCACAUCGGAACAACUUUACCGAUUGCCCUAAAAGAAAAAUAUCUUCCUUCGAAUCCCAACGCACUCCAAGAUGAAUAUGAUCCAGAAAAAGAUAAAGGACAUGUGCAGUUUGGAGGAAACAAAAGCAUUACCGUGGAGACUGUUGGGUUUGAGAAGAUAGAGCGGAAACAAGGCAAUCUGAAAAAUCUUGGAGUGGCUGGAUUGAAAUCUAUGCAGAUUUCCAGUGCAGGAUCUGUACAAGAGAUAGCCAAUACAUGUCCCAAUUUGACAGAUUUGGAUUUGUCAAAUAACUUGAUCGCCACCUGGGACACUGUUUUGAAUAUAUUAGCACAGUUGCCCCGACUUCGAAUCCUCUGGUUGAAUGACAUGCGACUGAUAAUGCCUCUCGGCAUCAACCUCAAGCCGUAUUCACCGUUCGAGUCGCUGAGGAUAUUGUCACUAAGGAAUACUCAUAUUUCCUGCCAAGAUAUUCGCGCUUUGUCACCUUUAUUGGUCAAUCUUGCAGAAUUAUCAGUGGGUUGUAACAAAUGGACGGAUGUUGAUAUAGUAUCUAAGGAACAACCGUGUUUUCAAAACUUGAAAUUGAUCCACUUGGAAAGUAAUGAAAUCGAUAGUUGGGAAAAAGUUGAGAUACUUGAAAAUCUACCAAGCUUGGAGCAAAUUAAUUUAACCGCCAACCGUAUUACCUCCAUUGCACCUUGCAAAGCAAAUGGCUUCAAAAAAUUACAAUACCUUCAUCUCAACGAAAAUAUGAUAUCAGAAAUACAAAGUAUUGAUGCGCUGGACACAUAUAGUGCUUUGGAUCAUGUUCGAUGUAAAGACAAUCCGGUUUUUAAAGAUAUGGAUGCAUACCAAGCGAACGUGCAACUCGUAGGACGAAUCGCUUCAAUAAACAGGGCGAAUGGCAAUACGAUUCUGCCAAAGGACAGAGCGGACAUGGAGAGAUAUUAUUUGAAACUCUGCACCAAAGAUGCCGCUUCGGAGGAAGAAAUAGUCAAAUUGCAUCCUCGAUAUCUGCAACUAUGUGACAAGCACGGAAAGCCUAUUGCGGAUAAGCCAGACGCGAACGCUUCAUCUGCUUUGAAGAAUAGAUUAUUGAACAUAAGGCUGUGCCAGAGAAGUGGGAGCACGCAGCCACUGGAAAGCGUACAUACUGCGUCAGACCUGCCCCAGAUCAUAAAGUCAGCCGACAAAAGAAUUUUGGGGACUAUGACCAUAAGGUCACUGCAGAACAUUGUACAAAAAUUAUUCCAAAUCCAUGUGUCGGACCAGCGCCUGUAUUUGGUUCAACUAGACAAACAAGCAGCAGGUGCUGUCACAGUGCAAGAGAUCACGGAUGGGCUUAAAGAACUGAAAUAUUAUAAUAUUGAAAAUGGAGAUGAAAUCACCAUCUUAUAAACCGGAGACAAAUAACAAUAAAGCUUCUAGAUGCUUUAAUCAGGCCGCAGGACUGUGCAGAGGGUCUUGCAUCUCCCAAUAUGGUCAAGGCUAACAUUAUCCCAUUUGUAAGGUAUAGGCUGUUAUAGAACAUCCAGCUGCGCCAAGAUGAUGGCAUGAGCAGAAAGUACAAAGGCUUAUUAAGUAAGGAGGGUUCUAGA